AUGCCUCUUCACAUAAGGCAAGUGGAAGAGCACCAUGACACGCCACCAGAUAUGCUCAGCUCGGUCGGUUCCUACCAGCGCCUUAAGAUGCCGAGAUCAGCGGUAGAAAUGCUGGUGUCGUUGCGAGCAAAUGGCUGGAUUAGGGACAAGUGGAUAUGGUUGAACUACGUUUGUCUUAACCAGACUGAUGUUGAAGAGAAGAACGUGCAAGUAAAGCUAAUGGGCGAGAUUUACUCCCUCGCGGCCGAAGCAAUCGUGUACGCGGGCGCCGAACUGCCUACAACAGCGCUGGCCAUGAGCUUUUGGGAAAGGCUCGAGGCUAUCUUUGAUCGACUACCACGACCGCAGCCCAAUGGCGAGCUGGCCGGAUUUCACUUGAAAAGCUUCUACAGGAGAGCGAGUCGAUCUGGGGAAGCAGCGAUACUGUCUGAGCAUCUCUACUUCGUAUGGGAAAAGUCCAUGCUCAAGUGGGAAGACAUCGACAAACUAGGAGACUGGGUUCACCGGUCAGAUCUCGCGACCAUCAUCGAGAGUGGUGAUACGAAUACGUGGAUCGCCAUAUCAACGCUCAAGAAGAUCGCCCGGCUGAGGGAGAAUCGUAUGAGAGCAGUUCACGGUUGGCAGUGUGACCUAUCUUACGCUCUAUACAACUGCGAUGCGGUUACCGCGGCGGAUCCCAGAGACAGGAUAUACGGUGUGCUUGGGAUGUUGCACGGUGCAAGAUCUGUUGGUGACCUGAACGACAUCAAACCGGACUAUCGGCCCGCGAACACGGCUGUCAAAGAUUUUACGGAAGCCACAGCGGGAUGGACGGAGAGAAAUGAUGCUUUUGAUUUGAUAUACUCUGGAGGCAUGGGUCUGCCUCAUCGAAUGCCGGACUUGCCAUCGUGGGUACCAGAUUAUACCCAGACACUUGCCCAGUACCCCGGGGCUCAUCUUUCCGCGGGCAAAGGUGACGUCACGGGCUAUCUGCAACCUCUCGCGUUCGAGGGCGCCGGCUUCUUUGUGCAGAUACACAACGUGGGCAGAGUUACCUCCCUGCUGGAUUUCGACACCACCCCUAGGAGCAGAAGCAACACAGGGAAUCCCGAGGAGGAUCCACAGAUAUCAUGUGUUGUCAACGGCGGAGUGGAUGGCGGGCUCGCAGCGCCUCCCGACUACGCCAAGACCUUCGCUGGCCUUGUUGAUCAUGUUGUUGUCGUAAAGAUAAACGUCAGGGACGAAGCAAAUGGGGUUCCUACGACGCUUGAACGGCAACGGUUCCUGACUUCGCUGGCGGGACACAUGGUCGACAGCACGAAGAAUGAUAUCAUUGCGACAUGCCCCGGGUCACGGCUCCCAUUCGUGUUGCGGCCCACCGACCAGAUGCGGGACGAGAAGAAGGUCUACCGGAUGGUUGGUACGGGCUACUGUCAUGCUCUCAACGAGGGAAUCUCCGUUGCGGCUGCAAGAAGCGUGCUUGAAGAGGUUGUCUUUCGCUAG